AAACAGUUAUGACGUAAUGAAGCUUUGUUUGCUGAAAUCACGUGACUUGGGCCAGUUUGAAACACGCUCCGAAACAAAAGAUUCGUAAAUGUUUCGAAGCCUCAUGAAGCAGUGCUUCGAAAACGACCAUCACUACGUAUGCCGGAAGUAGUACGUGGUAAAUAAAACGUCCGUCUUUAGGCGAAAACAUUUCACUUCGAGAUAUCAGGUGCAACUGAUUAUACUUACAAAUGCACGUGUAAAUAUUUUCUGCCGAUCUACGUCUCUAGAAUGAAGAGGGAACACGAGGAGCUUAUUUUGAAAGCAUGUGGAGCAAAGUCUCUUCAGAUUGGUGCAAAGAUUCAGACGUUGUGGAGCGGUUAUGGUGAAAUAGUAAGAGUCCACUUGCAGGGAUGUGACAGACCCUCUGUUGUUGUCAAGCAUGUGAUGUUUCCCCAAAACCUGAAACAUCCAGGGGGUUGUAACACAGACCUAUCUCACCAGCGCAAAGUUCGAUCCUAUCAAGUAGAAAGCCAUUGGUACCAAAACUACACUACCAAUGAACGAUGUCGAGUUCCCACCUGCCUGGCAACCCAGUCAUUUGGAGAUGAGCAGUUGAUUGUUUUGGAAGAUCUUAAUAUCGCAGGAUUCCCAAAAAGAAAAACGAAUAUUAACGAGGCUGAAAUGAAGGCAUGCCUCAGCUGGAUUGCCAACUUUCACGGCCUCUUUCUGGAUGUGGCCCCAGAAGGACUUUGGCACGUAGGAACUUAUUGGCAUUUAGCAACAAGACCCGAAGAAUUGGAGGUCAUGUCAGAUCAAAAACUCAAAGCAGCUGCUGCCGAGAUAGACAACGUCCUCAACAACUGCACGUUUAAAACAAUUCUCCAUGGCGAUGCAAAAUUAGCUAAUUUCUGCUUCUCCAAGGAUGGUCUACAGGUCGCCGCUGUCGAUUUUCAGUAUGUUGGUGGAGGGUGUGGCAUGAAGGAUGUUAUUUAUUUUUUGGGCAGCUGUAUGGAUGAGAGAGAGUGUGAAAAGAAAGUGCCUGGUCUUCUAGAUUACUAUUUUUCAGAGUUACGGAUAUCGGUGGGCACGAAGGCCAGCUUUCCAGAGCUGGAGAAAGAAUGGCGAAGUAUGUUUGCUUUCGCUUGGACAGACUUUCAUCGCUUUCUUCUUGGCUGGAUGCCAGGGCAUCAUAAAGUAAAUAGGUAUAGCAAAAGGCUUGUCCAAGAGGUAUUAAAUAAACUGAAACAAUCUUGACUUGUGUAAAGCUGUGUAAAUGGUUAAAUCAGAAAUUAUUCUGAGAUUCACCUGGAGUAUAUGGAUUUUUUAUGUAUGAUAUAAAUCUGGUUGUAAUCUGUAUUUAAUGUAUUUGUGAGAUUAAUGUUUUUAUUUACAGUUUCUUUCCUUGUACAGUUGUUUCUCGAUUGGUUGUAAAUGAAAGUAAUAAAAGCUCACCUACCUACA